UUCUAUACAAAUUCGAGUUGACACCUUUAGAAGAUUUUUCGAUUUUCGUAUAAAAGUCAAGAGAUUACUGGAUUACGGCAUCAGUUAGCAGAUAUUUAAUCGUUAGAUCGAUAGCAGUCCCACAGAGGAAGAUACUCCUGAAAUAAAAUGAAAACCCUUAUAAUUUGCAUUGUUGCUUUGCUGUCCGUCUCCUCGACUCAUGGCAUAAGCAAUCAAUACUUGCCUCCACUUGAGGGUAGAGCCUCCAGUAUUUCAGCUGUGAAAGCUGUUCCGGUCAAAACGAGCUUUGUUCAAGCAGCCUCGGCACCAGCCGUACAUUAUGCCGCUCCUGCUGCUAUUUCUCAUGGUCAUGGUGGUAGUUUCUCGUCUGGCAGCCAUUCGGGAGGUUUCACUCAGGCUGCAUCUGCACCAGCACCACGACAUGCAGCCCCUGCUCCCCACUACUCGGCUCCUGCUGCAACAUAUCAUGUAGCAUCUGCUCCAGCUGCUCACUACUCCGCUCCCGUUGUAACCCAUCACCAUGUAGCAGCAUCUGCGCCAGUUCCUCAUUAUUCAGCUCCUGCUGCAGCUCCUCAUUAUGCUGCACCAGCAGCAUCAGCCCCAGUUGCCCACUAUGCUGCUCCUGCCGCUGUGGCACCAGCACCACGACAUGUCGCUCCAGCUCCUCAUUACGCUGCUCCAGCAGCUUCUGCACCAGCUCCCCAUUAUGCCGCACCCGCAGCAAUUUCAAAUCCUGCACCACAUCGUUUCUCGUCUGCAGCUAGUCCUCAGGUUAGUGUAACCUUUAUUCAAGCUGCAUCUGCACCAAAACAACACGUUGCCCAUGGCCAUGGUGGUGGUCACUCCGCAGGAUUUGUUCAAGCUCCCUCUGCACCAGCACCUCGAUAUGCUGCCCCUGCUGCCGUUUCUCCAGCUCCUCAUUUCUCUGCUCCAGCUGCGGUACAUGGCCACAGCGGUGGUCACUCUACCGGUUUUGUGCAAGCUGCUCCAGCUCCUCGUCAUGCAGCUCCAGCUUUCCACUACUCUGCUCCCGCUGCAACAUAUCAUCAUGCAGCAUCUGCUCCAGCUCCUCACUAUUCCGCUCCAGCUGUAACACAUCACCAUGCAGCAUCUGCUCCAGCUCCAGCUCCACGCUACUCAGCUCCAGCUGCUGGAUUUGGUAGUGCCCAUGCUGCUUCAGCUCCAGCUGUCAGUUAUGCGGCUCCAGCCAUUCACGACAACGGCUAUCACGGCAAUGAAGUUGGCACCAAAUACGCGGCUAAUGGUGGCUAUUUGAUUUUUUAUUUCACUCAAGGGAACAGAAGUAACUUGUCGAAACACCAGCAUCAUGGUAAGAAUGGCGCCCAACGUGAGAAAUGUGUUAGCAAAUUUUUAAUAAACUUUUAUUUGCAGAAGCUCUUUGUUGUAACUUUGUCCGUUUUGGUUUCUGCCGCUUUGGGAGGACAAUUGAGUAGCACUUAUUUGCCACCCCAUCAGGGUAGUGCAUCGGCUCAUUCAGCCAGUUUUGCUGCUGCUCCUUCUUCACAAUAUCUGGCUCCAGCUGCAUCGGCCCCAGCUAGCAGUUAUGCUACAUCUGGUGGCUUCUCAUCAUCGGCUGGCCAUUUCUCGGCCCCUGCUGCAGCCAAACCCUCUAGACAAUAUUUGGCACCCGCUGCUUCUGCCCCAGCUGUAAGCUUUGCUUCACAUGGAAGUAGUUCAGGUGGUUUCUCAUCUGGUGGUCAUCAUGCCGGAGGUUUCUCCGCUGGUGGACAUCAUGCUGGAGGUUUCUCAUCCGGUGCUGGUCAUCAUGCCGGAGGUUUCUCAUCCGGUGCUGGUCAUCAUUCCGGAGGUUUCUCCGCUGGUGGUUCCAGUGGCUUCGCCGUCGGUGCUGCUUCUAAACCAUCGAAACAAUAUUUAGCUCCCGCCGCUUCUGCUCCAGCUGUCAGUUAUUCGGCUCCUUCUGUUGGUUUCUCGGGCGCUGCUUCUGCUCCCGCUGCUCACUAUUCUGCUCCAGCUGCUACUUCAUUUGGUGGCUCCAGUGGUUUCUCGGUUGGUGCUGUUUCGAAGCCAUCAAAUCAAUAUUUGGCUCCAGCUGCCUCAGUACCCGUUGUUCACCACGCUGCUCCCGCUGUACACCAUGCCGCUCCCGCUGUUCACCAUUCCGCUCCCGCUGUUCAUCCCGCUGUUCAUCACGCUGCUGUAUCUCAUGGUCAUGGUGGUAGUUUUUCAUCAGGUUCUCAUUCUACUGGCUUCAGUCACGCUGCAUCUGCCCCCGCUGUUAGUUACUCAGCACCUGCAGCCAGUUUCUCUGCUCCAGCUGCUCAUUACUCCGGCAGCUCAGUGGGUACUCAGUAUGCUGCCAAUGGUGGUUAUGUCCGCCACUAGAGUGUCAUAUAGUGU